CAAAGCUGCAGCCAUGCUGGUGCCUCAGUCACAGGGCUGACCAGAAGCAGAAAGGGUUAAUGUGCACUUGUUGUUUUUUUCCAGCACACUCUAUUCUCCCAGAACCGGUAUCUCCCCAAACCACCCCCUUCUGCUGAACUCAUCUCCUGCCAAGCUGUGAUCACAGGAAGUGAAGACUCUUCCCCUUCCUUCAGCCACCACCAUUACAUCUGCAGAUAUUGUGGAGACCUUGGCCAGCUGCACUGGUGGCUGCACCUUUUACACUUGCUGAGAGUACUGUUUAGCACCACGAGCUGCAGGAGUGGAGCUGGCUGAGCUCCUGCACCAGCUGAACCAGAGAGCAGAGCCUCGACACCACAGUAAGAGAAGAAACAUCACCACCACAGUGAACUUUUUACUGUGACCUGGUGACCAGGCCGUGGAUGGUCACUGCUGACUGUGAAUGUCUCGUAUCUCUGCUGUCACACUGAGCAGGUCUAUUUAACCCAUUCCUCCUGCAGCACAGAACAGACUGUUCCUGCUGCCACCCAUCUCUGAACCGCUGGAAUGAAGGCUGGGCACAGGAAGGAUGUCCCAACUCAGGCAAGGACACCCCACUAAACAGAAAACCUUCUGCUGGGUUCGGCAGUGAGUCGAACUGCUCCUUGGAAAUUUGGGGUUUUGUUCAUUAACAGCAGGAUUUGCCUCACCACAGACAAUGGAUUACAAAACAUUACCUGUGAAUGAAUGGGAUGAGAACCAUGUCAAAUGUUGGCUGGAAUCUACUGGAAUCAAGGAGUACAUAGAAAAGGAACUAAAUGUAGAAAAAAUAACAGGUCCACAACUAAUGGAACUGGAUGAGUCUUUCCUCAAACACAUAGGAAUGAACAAAGGCCAAAUCCAUAUCUUAUUCCAAAAGAGAAAUGAACUUCUGCAGCUCCAGAAGAAUGCACAGCAGGCUGAUGGCUCCAGCAGUAAAACAUCCAACAGGACGGAUGCACAAACAGGCCCAGCCAGAGCCAGCAAUUCCCCUGCUCAGGGCACAGCCAGUAGAGACAGCUCUGGUGCUGUGGGUACAACCAGCAGUGAGAACACAGCUCCUACUUCUGGCAAGAAGCAAAAAAGCAGCAAGAAAUCCCUGCUUCAAAGUCCUGAUGAAGUUUUAGAGCUUAGAAGCUGUCGGCCAUUUAAAAGUGAGGACACUGAUUUCAAAUAUGUGAAAGACACAGUUCUUGUUCCAGAAUCAGGGGUCAGUGAUUUAAUCAUGCCUUGCCAUGAAUACAAAUCUUUUGCCAUUGCUGCAGAACUGAACAGAGAUCAACUGCAAUCAAAAUUUGCCUCUGAAGUGAUACGUUUUGCUUCAGCCUGCAUGAACAUUCGAACAAAUGGCACCAUCCAUUUUGGUGUCAUGGACAGUGUUGAGGACAAGGCCUGGAAACAUGGACAGAUCGUUGGCGUGAAGGUCAGAAACCGAGAAGACUUUGUUGAGGCAUUGAAUUAUAUAGAUAAGUGCUUUUGCAAUAAUUUACAAGAAAUUGCAUGGAAAUGCAUUCGCCAACCUGUGUUUGUUGAAGUGAUUUCGAAAGACUCUCAGGAACAAAGAUUUGUAGUGGAGGUUGACAUUGAACCAACAUACAGCUUGGUAAAGAACAAGUGUUUUGAAGUUUAUUUGCCCAAAUACAACGAAAGCAGUCGGAAGGUGAUCCUGACCAAAGAACCAGCUCUCUACCAGAGACUUGGUGCAAAGUCUGAACCUGUGCAGCGCGACAAACUCACUGCUUUCAUUCAAGCUACGCAAGCCAGGGAUGCUCACAGAGAGAGAGCUGAGCUCUCCAGCACACAAGUACCCACAGAAAUACCUCAAGAUUUAGGAAGAAAGUUAUCAAUUCUAUUGAAUGAUGGCAAAAGCUACAUGGAUGAUUCCCUACGGUACAUCCUUGUCACAAACAGAUGCGAACAGGAUAAUCUGAACCACAUCAACUUUUUAAUGCACCUGAACAUUUUCUGUGUCUUUGACUUUGAUGAAGAUUCUAAUGUGUCAGGGCUGUACAGCAAAUACAAAGAGCACCAUGAAACAAGUUCUUAUUUUUUACAGGAUUUUUUCAAAGAAAUUAAGACUGAUAAUUCUCCCUCUCAGAAACUGUUUGAUCAGACCAGCUGGAUAUUCUGCAAUGGGCGCAGUGACUUCCUUGGGGAUGAAAAACCUUGUGAUGAGAAUACAUGGAUUAGAACAAAAAAAAAAUACCUGAAGAAAGUAAUUACUUGUAUCUGUGAGGAAAUUCUGCCAGAGCGCUCUUUCAUUGUGCUUUUUCUAUUGCUAUCACCAGUGCAGAAACCACUUGUGGACACUUUUCAGGAAUUCUAUACAGAGAUGAAUGGCAUGGAGUACAUCAUCUGCCUUACAGAGUCCAGAGAAAAUUACAAAAAGUGGGCUGGUCUAGUUCAGGAGUCCUGCGGCAUUGAGACACUAGAACAACGCAGCAUUGUGGGUAUGAAGCUCAGUCACGUAGAUGCCACCAUCCAAUCAAUGCUGCCUUCUACAGCCCAACCCAGACACCUGCCAGCUUCCACUGGAGGCGUGUGUACACUUCCCUUGCGGGAAGAAGAGAAACUGUAUUCCCUAGAAAUCCUUUGUGCUGAUCAAUGUGAUGAUAUCAACCUAAAUCUUUGGACUGAAGAACAAAAACAAGAAAUAGAACAAAAUUUUUACCGUGGGAGAAAAAUCAUGUGGGAAAACUUGUGGCUUGCUGACAAAAAACUCUGUGGGGAUAUCAUUGAACGUGAAGCAUGCACGGAGGCAAGCAAACUUUUGGAUGGCAUUUUACGAGGAAGUGGACAAAAUUAUUCUGUGGCUAAACUAAAGAUAUUUCACCAUCCUGGGAGUGGUGGAAGCACAAUAGCACGGCAGGUUCUAUGGAAAAACAGAAAGCGUUUUAGAUGUGCUGUUAUCAAGACCUCACAUCCGCCUUUAACUGUUUGCAAGCAUGUGCUCGCCCUUAGAGAUUAUGAAGAAAAGGAGAUCACUCACUCUUUUCCUGUGCUGCUCCUGAUCGAAGAUUAUGAGGACGAGUACUUUGAAGAACUACAGAUUGAUUUAAUGGAGGCCGUAGCAACCAGGAAAAUGAAUACCUGCAAGCCUUACUUCAUCCUCAUAUGCUGCAGACGAUGCAAUGACCCUGAACGGCUUUGCAAGGCUUCGCCACUGGACACAGUCGCUGUCACUCACAAAAUGACAGAGUCGGAAAACAAUCUGUUCAACAAUAAACUUAAAAAACUGCAGCAGAAGUAUGCCAAGCCUGAAUUCAUACUUACAUUUGUGCUGAUGUGUGAUGAGUUCAAUACUGAGCUUAUGAAAUACCUCACCACAGAUUACAUUCCUGAAGAAGUAAAAAGGACAUUGGGAAGGCUUCACUCCCGCUUACGAAACUUGCUCCAGAAACUGUACAACGCUAUGGAAUGGAUUCCAGGAGAACUAACUUUCCAAACAAAUAAAACCCAAGAGAAGGAUGAUGAAAAUGAUGAUAAGGCAGAACUAAUUUAUAAUCCCAAAAAACAGCUGAGAAGACAGUCAGCAGUAUACUCUAAAUUCUUCACCUCAGCAUUACUUAUGGCUGACAGCAGCAAUGGUCCUGACACCAUGAGACGCAUGAAUAUUUAUGGAAGUGGUGGAGGAAAUAUCACCAAUAUCCUGUCAUUCUUAACAGAUAAGAAAGAGAACAGGUCAGCUGAAAAGCUAGAAAACAUCCUUAGUUUCUGUUCAGAAAAAACACUGAGAAACAGGCUGGAGGACAAUCAUUUGAUUAUUCUGAAGCACAUCACAUUAGCCUGCUUAGCACCAGGAUCAGCCAAACUCCUUCCACUGCCAACUCUUGGUGAACUCAGUCUAAGAUUGGGAAAAGACAAUUUCCAGCAAGUGCCUUUUUUUUUGCUCACUUUGCUGUACUGGCCAGAUGAGGCAUUAGACAAAGAGCCUAAUCCCGAAAAAGAUGAAAUUUUAACUUCAGCCCUUCACACCCUGAAACGCUUAUAUGAUAUUAAAAUGAAAGAUGUUCCUACCAGGAAGAAAAGAAUCUACACCCCCUUUUUUUUGGGAAAGGGUUAUGGCUUAAGUAAGAUUGUGCACAAAAAUAAAAUUGACAAAUUGAGAGGGUCCUUGGAUGAGAAGAGAAUGAAGUGGCUGCAUGGAACUUCCCAUAGUUUUGACAAUCUCAAAAGAGUUUCUGGCUGGACCAAGGACAGGAAUUUAUUUAUAUGUAGUCACAUGAAGGAGCUCCGUAUCUUGCCACUCCAUCAUGAAUCAGUGCCUGCUGGAAAUGAAAAUGUGACCUUUUAUUUAGGCUUUUCAUUUAAUGGUCUUGUUGCUUUCAAUAUUGAGGUUGAAAAUGAUCCAGCCAUCAGAAGAAUGUUGGGUAUGUAGUACAGCACUGUAUGCACGUGCUCUUAGAGGGUACUGCAUUGGUACUGCCUUUGAUAGUUUUGCAGUCAGAGAAAGUAAGAUUUCAAACCAAAGACAGCGACUGAUCCCCUUCUUCUUCCCCCACAGAUUAGGAUUUGAAAUUAAUUUCUGGGUAGUCUUAAUCAGUAAAAGAAUUUGUCCAGUGUAACUACAUUUUGCCUCCUGAAUCAGCAACAGAAAAGUGAACUCACAUAACAUACACUGCUCUCCAACAUGUACCAUAUAUGAAAUAACUACCACCUGCAAAGCCAGCAUCAGUAUGGAAGCAAUUUUAAAGCUGACUUGGCAAUAAGGACUGAUAAAACCCAGGUGUGAAAAUCUGCAUAACUCCUACACUGUUUCUGUGCUAGGUUAAAAUGUAAAGAAAGUUUGUAUUCUAUCACCAUCUGCUGAAAACAGGUGGGGCAGUGAUUAUCUCUUUGGGAGAUAUCCUCUAAUGGGCCAUCUGUUAAAAAACAGAUUUUCUUUAUCUUUCCCAUGACCUAUCCUUCUCCAGGAAGAUAUCUGCUCU